AUGAAUAUCUUGGGGGGAUAUGAGGAAAGUGAUGACGAGACGGCUAAUGAGCACUCCGAGGGACCAACUAAUGUGUCUUCGGCGCUUGCGACAAUUCCAGUUCGUCCAGAUAUAGUCGAGUAUGCUCGAGAAAAGCGUCAGACCCCGGCGGACAUUUUGGCGACGGUUGACCUGGAAACCGCUCAGCUGGUGCUUCCAAUGUAUGGGCCGGUGCGCCCCUCCCAAAAGGACGCUGGAACUCGUUUGUAUCAGCAGCACCGAAAUUUUGAGCUGGGGCACGUGUUGAAUUGCCAAGAAGAAGAUGGGAGAGUGUUGGAGCAGCGAUUGAAGGACCGGGAUAAAGAGCGUUUGCAAGAGGUAGCGCGUCUGCGUGACGAGAAGCGUCGAAGAACGGAGAAGGAACUGUGUUUGCCAGCGCUGGGAACCCGCCGUUUGGUGAAUGACGACGCAGGGUCGGAGGAUUACCAAGGACCGUGGGCGCCGUACGAGGGGGAGGAGGCCCGACAGGCGCGUUACAAGGAGUUGAUGCGUGAGAAUUCGGCGGCGGCUGAAUUGGCUAGCGCAUCAAAGGUGGCGGAGGAGGAGAAGAAGAAGGCGGAGAAGCUGGAGAGUCGGCAAGUGGACGCGAAAUUCGUAUUCCACUUAGAUGAGGAGAAGGACUAUAUGGGCCACAGUUGGAUAGCGGGUCCGCGUGUUCCUCCGAAGGAGGUUGACGAGUACGCAUUGCCGAAAAAGGUAGUGCAUAGCUAUCUGGGUCAUACCAAGCCGGUGUUAAGGAUGCAGUUCUUACCGGGUCCUGAGCAUUUAUUGUUGAGUUGUUCGAUGGACGGUAGCUGUAAGAUAUGGGACGUCUUUAACACGCGCGAGUGUGUGGCGACCUAUACUGGUCAUUCGAAGGCGGUGAAGGAUUUGGGGUUCACUAAUGACGGAAAGAGGUUUUAUACGUGCGGUCUUGACACGUUGAUCCGGCAGUGGGACACGGAGACAGGCCAGGUUAUCUCCACCUUUGGUAAUUCGAAGUUACCUUUUUCGCUGGCGGUGCACCCGGAAAAGAAUAACGUGGUCGUGUGUGGUCAUCAGAACCGGGUGGCGGCGCAAUAUGACGCGAACACGGGCAAGGUGGAGCAGGAGUACACGGAGCAUUUGUCGGUGGUGAACACUGCGACAUUUUGUGAGGGAGGUCGACGACUGGCGACAACGUCCGACGACAAGAAGAUGUACAUCUGGGAGUUCGGUAUGAACGUGGUGGUGAAGCACAUUGCUGAGCCGCACAUGGCCUCCAUGCCCGCCGUCACUCUCGACCCACAAGGCCAAUUCCUUGUCUGUCAAAGCAUGGAUAACCAGGUCUUGCUCUACGAGGCCACCAACCGCUUCCGUCUCCAGUCUCGUCGCCGGUUCCGCGGCCACAUCUCAUCCGGCUAUGCCAUCAAACCCGCCUGUUCCCCCGAUGCAGUCUUCCUAGCCUCUGGCGACGUUAACGGCCACCUUUGGGUCUGGGAUUACAAAACCUGCCGCAUGCUCCGCAACUAUGAAGCCCACCGAGGCGCCCUCACCGCUGCCCUCUGGCACACUCACCGCCCCUCGCUCCUCGCUACCUGCGGCUGGGAUGGCAACAUCAAACUCUGGGAAUAA